AGAUCGCAUUAUCUAGAAUCUCAAAGUCCGCCUCUCUGAUGUGCGGUCUUUUUCUUCAUACCUGCAAUGGAUGUUACGCCUGGAUUUGCAUUCUUUAUUAUUUUACUGCAUUUAAUUCACGCGAAUGGACUUUAUAUCUCCAAUGGCAUAGAGUCUCUGCAGCAUGUCCUGAGGGAGUAUGGCGUUGUUAAGCCUGUGAACACUGAUUCAGAGGGCCGCUUCCUCUCAGGUGCUGUCUCUGCACCUCAACUGGACAGCCAGCACCAGCAGGCCCACAGACGCUGGAGAAGAGAGGCUGUAGCCGCCUCAGACCCCAGCCAUGGAGACCUGGAGGAGGGAGAGGGUACAGCCAGGCACAGGGAGACACUCUUCUACAAUGUCACUGUGUUCGGCCAGGAGCUCCACCUACGCCUGCACCUCAACUCCAGGCUGGUGGUCCCCGGAGCUAAGGUGGAGUGGCACGAGGAGGGAAGCCAGACCACCUAUGAGCCUCUACGGGACAGCGACUGCUUUUAUGUAGGAGAGGUCACCAACGUCAGGGACACAUCCGUCGCUAUCAGCAACUGUGAUGGCCUGGCAGGAAUGAUCCGUACGGGGAAGGAGGAGUUCUUCAUCGAGCCCCUGGUGCGUGGAGGGGGUCUGACGGUAGAGGAGGAGGAGAGCGGAGACGGACGACAUCACAUUGUUUAUCGCUCCUCUGCCAUUAAGAGGCCCCCUGUCAAUCAAACAGCAGACUCUCACCCCCGAGGGUCAGUUAUAGGUGACCUGAUGGACCUGCAGGCCCUGUCCAGAGGAGUGCAGCAGCAGCAUCACAACCUGAUCUGGAACAGGACCAGGCAGGCUCGGGCCCGACGCCAGGCCAACGAGGAACACGAGCUGUUCAACAUUGAGGUCCUACUCGGGGUGGACUCCUCUGUGGUCCACUUCCAUGGCAGAGAGCACAUCCAGAAGUACCUCCUCACCCUCAUGAACAUAGUGAAUGAGAUUUACCAGGAUCGUACCCUGGGUGCUCACAUCAACGUGGUUCUGGUCCGUAUCAUCAUGCUGUGUCCUGCCAAGUCUAUGAGUCUGAUAGAGCUGGGCAACCCGUCUCAGAGUCUAGAGAACAUUUGUCGCUGGGCCUUCCUGCAGCAGAAGGAAGACAGGAGUGAUCCAGAGUACCAUGACCAUGCCAUCUUCCUCACCCGACAAGAGUUUGGUCCCUCCGGCAUGCAAGGUUACGCUCCUGUGACGGGUAUGUGCCACCCAGUGCGGAGCUGCACUCUCAACCACGAGGAUGGCUUCUCCUCUGCCUUCGUCGUGGCACAUGAGACUGGACACGUGCUGGGUAUGGAGCAUGAUGGCCCCCCUGGUAAUGAGUGUGGCGACGAGGUGCCCAUGGGCAGCAUCAUGGCCCCUCUGGUGCAGGCUGCCUUCCAUCGCUUCCACUGGUCCCGAUGCAGCCAGGCGGAGCUCAGCAAGUACCUGAACUCCUAUGACUGUCUCCGUGACGACCCCUUUGACCAUGACUGGCCGGCGUUGCCACAGUUACCAGGGAUCCACUACUCCAUGGACGAGCAGUGUCGAUUUGACUUUGGCGCCGGCUACACCAUGUGCACGGCGUACAGCACCUACGACCCCUGCAAGCAGCUCUGGUGCAGUCACCCAGACAACCCGUUCUUCUGCAAAACCAAGAAGGGUCCGCCCAUCGACGGCACUACGUGUUCACCGGGGAAGCAUUGCUUCAAAGGUUACUGCAUCAAGUUGACCCCAGACAUUCUAAGGCAGGAUGGGGGCUGGGGCACGUGGAGUAACUUUGGCUCCUGCUCUCGCACCUGUGGGGGUGGUGUGCGCUUCCGGACCCGUCAGUGUGACAACCCGACCCCUGCCAAUGGAGGACGCACCUGCUAUGGCAACAGCUAUGAGUUCCAGCUGUGCAACCUAGAGGAGUGCUCCAAGCCUUUCGCUGACUUCAGGGAGGAGCAGUGCAAGAUGUGGGACCCUUACUUUGAGUAUGACAACGCCAAGCACCACUGGCUGCCCUAUGAGCAUCCUGACCCUGAUGAGAGAUGCCAACUCUACUGCAAGUCUAAGGAGACGGGAGACGUGGUGGCCAUGAACAGGAUGGUGCACGAUGGCACACGCUGCUCCUACCAAGACCCUUACAGUACAUGUGUGCGGGGGGACUGUGAGGUCCCAUACUCCCAAACACUGACUCAGCGUAUCUCUCUACAGCACGUUGGCUGUGAUAACCAGAUAGCCUCAGACAUGCAGGAGGACAAAUGUGGGAUAUGCGGUGGAGACAACUCCAGCUGUAAGAUCAUCAAGGGAAACUUCACUAGAAGCGUUAAAAAACAAGGUUUCCUCAAGAUACUUGAAAUCCCCCGAGGGGCCAGGCAUCUGUUGAUCCAGGAGUUCAAGGGGACCCCUCACAUCCUAGCGGUGAAGAACCAGGCCACAGGUCAUCUGUUUCUGAAUAACGAGGAUGAGUUCCCAGAGUCCCGUAUGGUGAUAGAGAAGGGGGUGGAGUGGGAGUACUACAACGAUGACGACACGGAGACCGUCCAGACCACAGGACCUCUGGGAUACGCUGUUCUGGUCAUGAUCCGUUCCCACGGUGACUCCAAAGUGACCCUCUCCUACAAAUACAUUCUCCACGAGAAGCUGCAGUCAUCCAUAGAGAGCAACCUGGUGCAGGAGGACACAGCCUACUUUGAAUGGGCUCUGAAGAAAUGGUCUCAUUGCUCUAAACCCUGUGGAGGAGGUAAGCAGUACACACGGUUUGGCUGCAGGAGAAAGUCCGAUGGGAAGAUGGUCCACCGCACCAACUGUGUGAACAUCGACAAUCUCAGAGCUAUCAGCAGGGAUUGUAACCAGAAAGAGUGCUCCCAGCCAGUGUAUGUGAAUGCAUUUAUUUGGAUCACUGGGGACUGGGAGGAGUGCAGUUCAUCCUGUGGGAAGACUGGCUACCAGAGCCGCUCUGUACGCUGUCAGCAGCCCCUCUCUGGCGGUGGCCAACGUUCCAUACACAGCAAGUACUGUAAUGAUGACAGGCCAGAGGGACGACGACCCUGCAAUCGCCAGCUCUGUCCUGCCCAGUGGAGAGUAGGACCCUGGUCCCAGUGUUCGGUGACGUGUGGCAACGGGACCCAGGAGCGCCAGGUUCUGUGUAGCACUCCUGAUAACUCAGUUGGACUCUGCAUGGAGACCAAACCCAUCACACUCCGGACCUGCCAGCUAGUCCCCUGCACAGGUGACGGAAAAAAAGUUUUGAUCCAGUGGCUGUCACGGUCCAACCCCGAAUUUCCUGUACCCAAGAUCUCCUCAAGGCAGUGUAAAGGGGAUAGGUCAGCGUUCUGUCGUAUGGAGGUGCUGAGCAGGUACUGCACCAACCCUGGGUACAGACAGAUGUGCUGCAAGUCCUGCGCCGAGGGGAACUUCACCACUAUGGGCCAAAACCUCACCACUGGGCCCUGGAGGUACACCACACUACCCACCCCCAUCAAUGGCACCUAUUCAACAAACCCCACAACAACCCUCAGACCCAAACCCACCGCUGGGAUAUAUAGCACUGACUUUGCUUACGUUGAGCAUGAUGAUUAUGGGGAGUAUACAACCAAAACCGACGAACACAACACAAGUAAAACAUAUAGGCCUACCACCGCCCCUGGAUUAACCACUAGACAGCCCAGAAAAAUAACCACCUCCCCGGUUACCGCCAGAAGUACUCCAUCUCCAACCACCACCACCGAGGAGACUACGUUUCCCAGAACCUCCAUCAUCACCGCCACUACCGCUGAAGCCACCACAAUCUCCACCAGUCAGGACCCAUCAACUCUCAGAACGACAAAUGUCCCCAAGUCCACCACAGCUUGGGUUGAUGUCAUUGAGAGGGAGUCCCGGACAACCCCGGCUCCAUCCACUUCCAGACCUAAAGGAGACAAGAGACGGAAGACCAUUCCAACACAGCGUAGGGUCGUUGUGACACUCAUGCCCUCCACCAUAGCCCCCCACCGGACAGAGGACAAGAGGGAAAACAACCCGGUGGACGUGCCGUAUCGGAUCGUUGGUGUAGACAAUGAGGUCUUUCAGAACCACUUUGUUCCUAGAAUACGGCCUCCGUUCCGAGAAACGACACGGAACAAAAGGAUACAAGAGCUCCUCGCCGAGAAAAGGAGGCAAGACUUACUUCUCAGACGAGCGAAAAGAAAACCAGGACCUUGAUAGUCAGUCAUUCAAGUCAUCUUUGUUCGUGCUCUAUAUGGAGAUAUUCCUAUUGAACACCUGCAUAACAAUUUUGCUUUAUUGAAACCAGAGUGAAACCACUCAUUCCAGUUCAGAGACUGUCAGUCAUGUAGAAAUUAAAACUUGCGGCUUGAAGAUUGGAAUUUGGCCUGCUUCGCUUUUUUUAUCCAAUGAGGAAAGGGGACAGCAAUGGACAAAACAGACAAAAUAUUGAGAAAUGAAUAUACAAUUACUAUUCUGUAAAUACAUCUUUUGAGCGAUAAUUGCACAUUUGUACUUGCUGCUCGGCAAUGAAGAGAUUUAAUUGUCUUUUAUGCUUUGAUGUUAUUACAUAUCGUACUUUUGUUAAUAUUGUGAACAGUUUACAAUUUGGACCUUUGUAGCUCAGUUAGUAGAGCAUGGUGCUUGCAACAUCAGGGUAGUGGGUUUGAUUCCCAGGACCACCCUUACGUAAAGAAUAUAUAUAAACAUACAUAUAUACAGUGUAUAUAUAGGGGAAAGUGGAGUAUGUUGAGGCAUUUUUUACAUUCAGUAUCAAGGGAAAUAUACUGUAGUAUUCUUUCUAACAAAGAUAUCUACAUAUAUUUAUUUGUUGUUUUUCCCUGGACAUAAUCAGAAUUAAUGUAAACAUAAUAGUUUUGAAAACAUAACAUUAGUGGUACUGUAUCUUGGCACAACUUACGCCAGGAAUGGGAUAAGUUGAGCAUAGGGACAGGGUAUGUUGAGCAUAGGGACAGGGUAAAUUGAGCAUAGGGACAGGGUAAGGAGAGCAUAGGGACAGGGUAAGGAGAGCAUAGGGACAGGGUAAGGAGAGCAUAGGGACAGGGUAAGGAGAGCAUAGGGACAGGGUA